GGAGAACAGCAAAGAAGGCUGUGCGGGGAGAAUUUUUUAAAAAGCAUCCGGGGACUGGGGUUGCUACCCCUGUCCCAGGGUCACCCUGGCCGGGAGCUGAAGAAACCCGGCUCCAUGGAACAGACAGAGACCCUGACCAGGGGUAUCGGGGCCCUACACCCUCAGGAAUGGCUUGAUGCACAGGGUUUACCGAGCCUCAGCCGAAGCUCCCCCUGGGGAGACGUGUCAGACCAGCGGGCAGCCCUGCAGCCCUGUCCGGCUGAGCCACACCUGGACGACCCCCAUGAGGAAAAGUCAGGCCUGAUCAACAUGACCAAGAUUGCUCAAGGAGGUCGCAAACUCAGGAAGAACUGGGGCCCGGCUUGGGUGGUGUUAACUGGCAACAGCCUUGUGUUCUACCGAGAGCGGCCGCCGCAGUCUGCGCCCUCCCAAGGCUGGGCGCCAGCUGGAAGCCGGCCGGAAAGCAGCGUGGACCUGCGCGGGGCUGCCCUGGCCAGCGGGCGCCACCUGUCCAGCCGCCGCAACGUCCUGCACAUCCGGACGGUCCCCGGCCAUGAGUUCCUGCUGCAGUCGGACGAGGAGCCGGAGCUGCGAGCCUGGCACCGCGCGCUGCGGGCGGUCAUCGAGCGGCUGGACCGCGAGAACCCCCUGGAGCUGCGUCUGUCGGGCUCGGGACCCGCAGAGCUGGCGGAGCUGAGCGCCGGUGAGGAUGACGAACUGGAGUCAGAGCCGGUGUCCAAGCCACUGAUCCGGCUCAGCAGCCGCAGAGUUUCCAAUCGCUGCGCAGAGGGCACUGAGCAGAAGAACCGCGUGCGGAACAAGUUAAAGCGGCUGAUCGCCAAGAGACCAACCUUGCAGAGCCUUCAGGAGCGGGGCCUGUUCCGAGACCAGGUGUUUGGUUGCCGGUUGGAGUCGCUGUGCCAAAGGGGAGGGGACACCGUGCCCAGCUUCGUCCGGCUUUGUGUGGAGACUGUGGAUAAAAAAGGUCUAGAUGUGGACGGCAUUUACCGGGUGAGCGGGAACCUGGCUGUGGUCCAGAAACUUCGCUUCCUGGUAGACAGAGAGCGGGCAGUAACCUCCGAUGGGAGAUAUAUGUUCCCCGAACAGCAUGGACAAGAAGGCAAAUUAGAUUUAGACAGUGCCGAAUGGGAUGAUAUCCAUGUGGUCACCGGGGCCUUGAAGCUUUUUUUCCGGGAGCUGCCAGAGCCUCUGGUGCCCACAACACUGCUGCCGAGUUUUCGCGAUGCCCUGGAACUUUCUGAGCCAAACCAGUGCCUCUCUGAAAUAAAAAAAUUAGUGGACUUGCUGCCAAAGCCCAACCAUGACACACUGCAGUAUAUCCUGGAGCACUUAUGCAGGGUGAUUGCUCACUCAGAUGAGAACCGAAUGACGGCCCACAACCUGGGAAUUGUGUUUGGACCAACGCUGUUCCGCCCGGAGCAGGAGACCUCUGACAUGGCCGCCCACGUGUUCUACCCUGGGCAGCUGAUCCAGCUCAUGCUUAAUAACUUCCAUAGCCUCUUCACCUGACACGGGUGGAUGGGCCAGGGAAAGGGCAUCUCCUGCCAUCUGUCAGCCAGUCUUCUGAUUCGGAGACAUCCCGUGAGUCCUCCCAAAGGACACUCUCUCAC